AGUACUCGAAUCGACUAACCUUCGAAGAAGCCCAACAACUAACCCCAACAAGAAUGUCUUGCGUUCAACAACAACGACGCUCCACCGGACUCCGCAUCGCCGAGCGAUUGAACAAGUACAUCACUCUUCCAAAUCGCCACAGCUUCACAGUGGAUUCCAAGGAUGUGUUCCAACGUGGUCAGGUGCUCAGCUACAUCCGAUCCAAAGCACCCUUCCUGCUCGAACAUAUCUCCGAGGCAAAGGAGCGAUUGAUAACCGUGACGUCACGCGGUUUGAUGAUCAUUUACGAGAAUGACGACCACGGAUUGGUGAUUGAUUUGCGAUCGGCCAGGAAUGUUCUGUGCACUGCUGAUCGUUCGAAAAAGCAGCGUCAUUUCCGCUGUCACAUCAAAAUCCGCAUGCAACGUGGCAAUGUUCACCUCUUUGUCGGCCAUAAUGAUGUUCACAAGUGGACGUGCGCGAUUAUGAGAGCCGCCGGAAAGUGCUUGCCGUCUACAGAGCCCCGCGAUGAUGGAAGCCUUAAUGUCGCGAUGAUGACGGCGGUGGAGGAUUCUGGAAUCUUUGAAGAGAUGUCGUCUACAUCGUCAGCAUCUUAUGACUAUGAUGAGGAUGAUGAAGUCGACGAGGUGAAGCCCACUGCCAUCGAGCAAAUACCACUUCCCCAUGUCUCCGUCCGGUCUCUUCGCCAGAAACUCGAGAAGGAGCUCGUCCUGAAGCCUAAGGAGCAAGUGCUCGCCGAGCAACAACACAAAGCCAACUGCGAUGAGCCAAGCUUUGUCUCUGAAAUCUUCUGCACCCCAAGAGCAGUUUUCAGCGAUGAAACUGUAGUUCUGCUGGAGCCAACGAAUGCCAGAGAGAGGAGAGAAUACGAGGCGCAGGCGGACAGAGAAAAUCAGUGGUGGACUAGAUCUCUUCGGUGCUAAUAGAAUUCAAUAAAGUAUCUUAUUUUCCUC